CUCUGCAGCAGAAGCAGCGCCCUCGGGGCCAUUGGGGUGGCCUGGGCAUGGCUCACAACGUGGUCUAUGCUGACCUGAAAUUUGCUGAGGGGUCUCCAUCCACUGUCCCUGAUGAAGACGACAGCCCCUAUGAGAACGUGCUGCCAGGGCCGGUGACAGCAGCGCCCAGUCCAGAGCGCUCGCCCCAGCGAUGGCACAUCCCCAAAGCACUGCUGCCAGCCAGCCUGGUCCUGCUCCUGCUGCUGGUGGUGGCCAUCGUGGCCCUGGGGGCUUGCUACUGGCAGAUCACCCGCAGUCUGCAGGACACCUCCCGCAACUAUGCAGCCGAGCAGGGCCGCCUGUCACAGGAGCUGAGCACUCAGGAGCAGAGCCUGGAGCAGGCAGAGCUGGAGCUGGCGUGGGCCAGAGAGGAGCUGCAGCGAGCAUGGCACGAGGGCAACAUCAGCCAGCUGGAGCUGGAUAGAAUGAGCGUCGAGCUGGGGCACGUCAGGGGGGUCCUGGGCAAGACGGAGAAGGAGAUGCAGGAGGUGCAGGGGAAGCUCAACAACAGCGAGAGCACCGUGAGCAGCCUGCGUGCCUGUGUGAAUACAGACUGCUGCCCCUCAGGCUGGGUGCUCUACAGGAGCAAGUGUCUCUUCAUCUCUGUGCAGAAGAAGACCUGGCAGAGAAGCAAGGAUGACUGCAAAGCAAAAUCCGCUGAACUGCUCAUCCAAGAUAGCUUGCUAUCAUUGACAGUACCGCAUUUUGUGCAGGAGUCUACUGAAAACUACUGGAUUGGACCAAGCACUUAUUAUAACACAAAGGCAACUUCUGAAUGGCAGGACAGAAGUCAAACCUGGAAUACAAUCUGCAGGGCAAUAGAAAAUGGGAAAAUCAGGUAUGCAUCGUGCUGGUCUUCCUUUCAGUGGAUCUGCGAGAAAUCCCCGAAGUUGAGCAGCACAUCUGAGGCCCAACCUCCUCUCCUGGCCAAGAUCUGACUGCUGACACUCUACUCCAUCUCUGGACUUGGGGACAGGAGCUGGGGAUGCACCCCAAGACUCUGUCCCCUGUGCAUGCAUUGCCUCAACUGCAUUACAAAGC